UUAUGAGCGAGUGACUAUUAUUGUCGAACAAUACUGCAUUUCAUAUGCCUAUCAUGUUACAUCAAAUGAUUGAACAUUCGUUCAUUAUCACUGCAUACAUUUCAGUUUGUCUUCUCGAUUGCUUUAAUACACAAUCAAAUGUGGCACAUAACUUUACAUUGUUAUCCUUAUGUGAGGAGUGUCCGGAAUGUAAUACAAAUAUGCAUUGUAACUACUCACAAUGGAUAUGCAUAUUGGGACUACCAAAGCUAUCGCUGGCAGAAGACUACUGGUUGGAAACGGUUGAAACGAAAUCAGACUGCUUAAAUGAAUGCCGAUAUUAUCCUCAGUGUAAUCUCUAUACAUAUGAAAUUAACGAACCGAGAUGGUGCGAUCUAUAUUCUGGGUUCAUUGCAAAUAUUACCAUUAAUGUCAAUUCAACUAACUUUAUAACUGGAGGGAGAGUGUGCUGUCAUAAAUCCAAAUCUUGUUUAGAA